AUGAUUGCUUGUCUUACAAGGGAAAAUACCUUUUUGAUUCUUUAUCAAUACAAGAAUUCAAAUUCAAAGGGUUCUAAAUUUCAGGAAAAGAAAACACGGAUUUUGUUUGAUAAAAUCAUAUAUAAUAUAAUGGCAAAGAGAUCAAAACAACGUGGUGGUAGGCAAAAGAAAGACCAGUCAGGAUGUAUGUGGGGAUUAAUGAGUAUGUUUGACUUUCGACAUGGUCGGGCUACAAAAAGGCUUCUUUCAGAUCGCAAAAGAUACACACCGACUCCCACUGAUACUACUCAUGAUUCUCCAUACCUUACACCUGAAGUGAGUUUGUCCACAAAUUCUGAAGAGUUGCAUCAAAGCAUCGAGAAACCUGGAUUUGAUCUCAUGAGGACAAGAGUGAAGGAACUUAUUAAAGAAGAGAUGUUCAUGGACCAAGAUUCAAAGAAGCAAAAUGACAUCAACAAGUUAGAAAAGCACAAACCCAAGCAUACAGAAAAAAUAUUAAAAGAAUCUCAUAAUCAAGAAAUCUCAAUCACUCAUCAAGUUUCCACUCAAAAAACCUCACAGUAUCAAGAUCUCGAAGCUCUCGUGAAAGAGAUCUUGCUGAUUUACCAAAAAAAGAACGAACAGAAUGGCGAUCCAGACACAGGGGCAAAACGGUCUUUUCCUAUUGUCGAAGAAAAGCUUGUUGCGGCCAUUGAGACAUUGCUUAAUGAAAACGGUGGCCACAAGAAGUUUCACCAUUCGAGGGAGAUGUUUCAGAUGUUGAGUUCCAAUAAAGAAAUGUUAUUCAAACUCAUUCAAGAUCAAAACUCCAUUUUACUAAACGAAGACCAAAAGUCAAAGUCAAAGUCAAAGGUGAUUUCGGGCCUGAAGUUUCCGGAGACCGAGCUAACUGAUCGAGAAACGGAGGAGCCCGUGACCCAUAAACACCGCAAGUUUUUCAGAAGAAGGAGCAAGUCCGUAGAUAAUAUACCCAUGAACGAAAAGGGUAAAAUCGUCAUUUUGAAGCCGGGUUCCCCAGAAAAUCAAAUAGGGAAUGAAAAUUCUUCACAGUUUUCUUUCAUGGAGAUUAAAAGACGACUUAAAAAUGCGAUGGGGAAGGAGCAAAGAACACCGGGGAAAACAGUUGAUGGACAUGGUGGAUGGAGUUCUCCAAAUAGAAAUCAUUUUUAUACGGAAAGAUUCACUAAUUUUCAUUCAUGGAGGUCAAAAGACGAUUUAGCCCAUGGAAGGGUUUCGAAAUUACGAGAAUCCGAAAUGAAAGAUGAGGAUAUGAAUCAUCGGAUAUCUAAUAUUUAUGUUGAGGCUAAGAAACAUUUAUCAGAGAUGCUGACAAGUGGAGAUGAAGAUGCCGAUUUGAUGAUGAGAAGCUUACCUAAAAGCCUUGGCAGGAUUUUGUCUCUUCGAGAGUACAACUCUCUUUCUCCAGGUACAAGUCCUAGAGCACAAGAUAUUCGUUUGGUCAACAAAAGUCAACCUUCUACGGACAACAACAAUCAUGAAGAAAAUAUAACUUCUGAAGAGGGUCAAGUGAUUGUAGCAUUGGAAUCUUGUGAUAAAGAACACGAAGAAGACCAAACAGAAGGUGUAGAUGUUUUGUGUGAAUCGCACGGGUCUAUAAAUGGCAUAGAGGACAACCACAAUGCAGUGAUUCCGGAUUGUUCUAAUGAAGAAAGCUCUUCAGACAGUUUAAAACAGGAUUUACACGAUGAUAACGACUCAUCAUCUUGUGGACCACAUAUAAUAGAGCCUACGGUAGCCAACAAGACAGAAGAACACGAGAUUACUCCCUCUGAUAAAGCCGGGAAACCGAGUCCUAUUUCCGUUCUCGACCCGUUAUUCUCAGAUGACGACGUCAGCCCCGCAAGAACCGUUUCUCGACCCGUCGAACCUGCGAUUCAACCACUGCGUAUCCAAUUUGAUGAUGGACCUGUUUCCCGUUCUGAAGAUCAACAAAUACGAAUCACAAAUUCUGAGGAUAGUGAGGAAUCUGCGUUUGAAUACAUUGAAGCUGUGCUCCUUUCAUCUGACCUAAACUGGACUGAUUUUGAAAAAAGGUGGCUUUCGGGUACACAGAUCCUCGAUCCAUCUAUAUUCGAGGAAGUGGAAACGUUUUCGGGUCGGGCCCAAUAUGAUCAACGACUUCUAUUUGAUUCGACCAAUGAAGUUCUUGAAGAGGUAUGCGAUCAUUUUAUUCCCGAAUCAUUGUUCAUCAAAAAGGCCGUUUGGCCCGUUCCUAAAGGAAUGGAUCUAAUAAACGAGGUUUGGAGAAGAAUCGAAUCACGUCUUUGUAAGGUUUACCCUCGAGAUUUAGACAAGCUUGUGAGAAACGAAUUGGGAACAUCAAAAAUGUGGUUGGAUUUGGACAAUUUUCGAUCCGAGUCUCGGGAAAUAGUUGUCAAGAUCGAAGAAUCAAUCUUUGAAGAAACAAUGGAUGAUACCCUUUUGAGUUUAUUUGACAGAACGAAUGAUGGUUUAUCUUGUUCAUGAAAAGACCCUGAUUUUGGGAUUGGAAGAUGGUGUUCUUGUUUUCUUGAUUAGAGAGGAUUUUAGGGUUUGGUUAAUGUGUGUUUCAAUGUUGUGUGUUUCUGUUAUUUUUUUUUUUCACAUAGUUACAAAGAUACAUGAACAUGGAGGUUAGUUUGUAACUACAUAUAUAAUCAUAUAAAUAGGUGGUGGUUUGUAGUAUUUUGUAUUCGAUAACAAUCAUAUAUUACAAAUAAAUUCAUUUAUGAUAAGUUGUUUUACAUUAUAAAGAUCAGUG